CCCGCUGACGAAAUGAACGACGUCGUCUUGCCCCUUUGUCAUCUCGACUCGACGCGUCCUCUCUUCUAUAUAAACGCAUACUUCAAUUGACGCACAACAGUCGCAGUGAAAUACACAGUCUUUUCCCCGCGAUCUGUACCAGUCUCUGUUCUCGUCGUAAUUCGAUUAACAGAAACAAAGAAGGAUUAAUGGCGAAAUCACCGGAGCAAGAACACCCGCAGAAGGCCUUCGGAUGGGCGGCCAGAGAUCCAUCUGGCGUUCUCUCUCCAUUCAAAUUCUCCCGAAGGGCAACCGGCGAGAAGGACGUAACCUUUAAGGUGUUGUACUGUGGUAUAUGUCAUUCAGAUCUUCACAGUCUCAGGAACGAUUGGGGCAAUGCUAAAUAUCCUCUUCUACCCGGGCAUGAGAUUGUUGGUAUAGUGACGGAGGUCGGGAACAAGGUGCAAAAAGUCAAGACAGGAGAUAAAGUGGGCGUGGGAUGCAUGGUAGGAUCUUGUCACUCCUGCGACAAUUGCAAACAUGACCUGGAAAAUUAUUGCCCGAAAAUGAUACUCACGUAUGCUACAACUUACUAUGAUGGAACCGCCACAUAUGGUGGCUACUCCAAUAUGAUGGUAGCGGAUGAGCACUUUGUGGUUCGAAUUCCUGAAAACAUGCCUCUUGAUGGUGGUGCUCCUCUCUUAUGUGCGGGGAUCACAGUAUAUAGUCCUUUAAAAUACUAUGGCCUUGACAAGCCUGGCAUGCAUGUGGGAGUGGUAGGUCUGGGUGGUUUGGGGCAUGUAGCUGUGAAGUUCGCAAAAGCCUUUGGAGUAAAAGUGACAGUGAUUAGCACCACACCUAACAAGAAGAAUGAAGCUAUGGAGCAUCUCGGUGCCGAUUCAUUUUUGGUCAGUCGUGACCAAGAUCAGAUGACUGCUGCAAUGAGCACAAUGGAUGGUAUCAUUGACACAGUCUCUGCAGUUCACCCUCUCAUGCCACUACUUGGACUCUUGAAGUCCAAUGGUAAGCUUGUUAUGGUUGGUUUACCAGAUAGGCCACUUGAGCUGCCAGCCUUCCCCCUUGUUAUGGGAAGGAAACAAGUGGCUGGGAGUUGCAUUGGGGGCAUGAAGGAGACACAAGAGAUGAUUGAUUUUGCAGCAAAACACAACAUAACGACAGAUAUUGAGGUGAUUCCAAUGGAUUAUGUGAACAUUGCCAUGGAACGUCUUGCAAAGGGUGAUGUUAGAUACCGUUUUGUCAUAGACAUUGGAAACACAUUAACUGCCUAAAGUUUUAGCCUACCUACAACAUCCCAUCUACCAUAUGAUUGGCCAUAGAAUAAAUUUUGGCCUUUUUAAGUUUACAUGUUGUGUUAAGCUCCUUUCCUUGUUUCAAAAUAUAUCUUAUAGAUAAUUAAAUAAAAUUAUUUAUAAAUUUAGAGA